CACAUAACAGGACUUCAACUUUUCAAUGAUCAUAUCCCAGCACAUUUAGAGCCAUGAUAACAAAAUGACUUUGGUGGUGAACAGGUUGAACGUUGUUCUGAUGAAGUUGUUGAUUCCUGCUCUUCCAUGUUUUGAGUUCAUGUUUCCUCUGUGCGCUCAUGAGUUUCACCCCACAGUCACAUGGGAGGAUGUCUCCAAAUAGUCAUCAGACAGGCUUUGAAUAGGAGAGUCUGUAUUUCUGUGGUAGCCCUGUGAUGCAUCAGAGACUUGUCCAGGGUGCCCCAGAGCAUGCUGGGAUUGACUACCACCUCCUCCACCCCGACAGUGGAACAAGAAUGCAGUGAAAUCUCUGGUGAUCUCUGCAUUAGUAACAACAGUCCUAUAUGUACUGUCGUUUCCAUUCAACAUCAGUGCAUCACCACUUGAAACAAGCAAUACCCGUUUUCGUUUGCGUCAAGGUAGCUAGCAUUAGCAACACGAAUACCGGAAGUUCUCAAAUGUUAUCUUCAGAAUAAAAUAGUAGGUGUGGACAUUUGCUUUUGUUGUUGAUGCAUUUUCUCUAACUUUGGUGAAUCUGUGAGGAAAAUGCUGAAUUUUGUAGUGUUAACCUCUGUGGACUGAUUCUUUCUUUCUGCUGUGACUGUACAACCAAAACAACUGUGGCUAUUAUUAUGAGAAAAAUGAUCAAAUUGGAGAACAUCUGUUGGAGCAGGUUGCCAGUUGUGUCUGAAUUGUUUUACCUUAACUUAAAUAGGUCCACAAGUAUGUAGUGUAGACUCAUAAAAUACACCCAGUACAGCCACCUUAUUAUAAAAGCUUUUGGGACAUCAAGAAAUUGUCUAUUUGGUUUUGUAAUUGACAUUCAUUAAGGGAUAAAAUACUUUCCAUUAAAUUCAUAAAAAAUGGUAAAUGGACUUGCACUUAUAUAGCGCUUUUCUGGUCUUAAUACCACUCAAAGCGCAUUACAAUACUUGCCACAUUCACACCCUGAUGGAACAGCCAUCAGGGGCAAUGUGGGGUUCAGUAUUUUGCCCAACAAUACAUACAUACAACUAAUUACAUAAAUGCAGUAAAUUAAGCUUUUCAAGCUACUAAUUGUUAUUUUGUAUCAUGAGUCCCUCAUAAUGUUUUCCUUUUUUUAAUUUUUUUUUUUUAUCAUACCUGUAUAUCUAAAUGACUAUGAUAUUCUAACAUAAAACUAGUGUACUGCUUCAGUUCUGUAUCUCAUUUAUAUUUUCUGGGAUAUUUUUAUAUUUAUGUAACCCUUAUGUCUCAGCGGUUGGUAGUGUUCUCCAGUCUCGCCAGGCUGUGGGUGACUGCUACAAUUUUCUUUUAACUGUCUAAUCACCACCAACACAGCAGGACAGUUGACUCCACUUUAUUCUUCUCACUUAGCAGGACAUGUGCAUCCACACCUUUCCCACUGCAACAAUGCCAGGUGGGAACCAAAAAUGAAAAUAACCAACUUAAAUGUUACAACUACAAAUUAUAUAUGAAAUAAAAAAGUACUGCAACUGAUAACAAAAUUAUAUAAUAAACUAAAGAUGUAAUCUUAAUUAAAAAAUAUGAUAAACUCAAAUAAUAUUGCACUACUUAAUAUAGCCUACAACACAAAUUAAUAUGGUAAACUUAUGAUUAAAAUAAUCCAAAUAUGUACAAUAAUUAAGGUACAUUUACAAAACGGAUGGUACGCUUACACAGUUGGUGAGAGGCUUUUAUUGUGAAGGCGCUGAUCAGACCCGGCGUUUAUCGUUGUUGAGAGCUUGACGCUGGUCUGGCAGGAGUGACUCGUUGACUGCGGCGACCGCAAUUUCGGCAACAUGGGAGACGUUGUGGGAUUUAUUCUAAACGGAUUUUAACAACCGUCGGGAAAAUGGCAGAAAGGUUGGAGUGGGUGGAGAUCAUUGAGCCACGCACGCGGGAGCGUAUGUACGCCAACCUGCUGACGGGCGAGUGCGUGUGGGACCCUCCGCAGGGGGUUCGGAUCAAGCGGACCGGUGAGAACCAGUGGUGGGAGCUGUUUGACCCGAACACCUCACGCUUCUACUAUUACAACGCCUCCACCCAGCGCACAGUGUGGCACCGGCCCCAGGGCUGCGACAUCAUCCCCCUGGCCAAGCUGCAGACUCUGAAGCAGCACACCGACACCACCGCACCCCGUCCUGCAGGAGGAGGAGGAGGGAGGGCGUCAGCUGACAACAGCCCAGGACGGAACAGCGGGGUCAGCCGAGAGGGAAGCACCUCCUCCUCCCUCGACCAGGAGCUGUCUGAAAAACAGGGCAGCAGAGAGGAGGCAGACAGGACUUCUCCCUUCAGGUGGAACACAGGUACGAAGGAGCGGAUGCUGAUCAAGGUCACGGACAGAGAGCCCAGCUUCUUAGCCCAUCAGGGAAAUGGUUACUCCCCCUGUGACCCCCCCACCCCUGGUGCUCCUUCUGGGGGGGGCACCACCUCACGAACCCGGCGUUCCUCUGGAGGAAACUUGCCCUCAGAACCUGACGGCUCCCCCGUUCUCUACGCUGACCGCCGUCAGUCGCCCUUCCUGAAGCGUGCUGAGCUUGGUGGAACUGGCACCCACCGCCGCUCCUCCGCCGACUCCCAGCCUCCCUCGCCUCGCUACGCCUAUGAACCUCCCCUGUACGAAGAGCCGCCGUCAGAGUACCAAUCCCCUCCCAUCUACGAGGAGCCUCCCACUGACAUGCAGCUCUCUGACUCCUCCUUCUAUGGCACGGGCAAGUCACCAGCUCGCAAGUCUUCAGCCCCCCUCUAUCACUCCCCCAAACAGGGUCAGUCGCCCUAUGGCCAGCUGGUUCUGACCAGGCAGAAGUGUCCAGAGAAGACCCAGAGUCUGGAGUACAGUCCUGUGGGGAAGGAGUACGUCAAACAGCUGGUGUACGUGGAGCAGUCAUCUUCCAGCCCCCGCUUCAAGACUGCAGACCGCCUGCUGCGUUAUGGCACCACGGGAGGGUACGGUGGCUCAUAUGGGGGGUCCUAUACUUUGCAGCACAGCCAGUCUCUGAUCAGGGACCCCCGCCUGCUGCUGGACUACAGUGGGGAGGGUGGAGAGGGAGGCCAGAGGUUGCUUUAUGAGGACUCCAUAUCCUGGACGUCCAGCCAGACGCACUCCCUCUCCUCCUCUUCUACAGGGGGUCCCGGGGCUUUCUCUCCUGGAGGAAACCGCAAACGCAAGAGUCGCAAGCCCUCCCUCCCCCAGGAGCUGGCUCGCUGCGUGGGCCCGGAUGGGGAGCUGACAGGCACAGCGUCCGAGGCCAUGUUGGCCCAGGCCCGGCUGGCAUGGGAGGCCCAGCAGGUGAUGAAACAGAGGAGCAGUUGGGACUCUGGGCAGGGAGGGGGCGUGGCCCAGGGAUCCAAAGAUGGCUAUGAAAGUGACGGCGCGGUGCCUCUGCCGUUACCAGGGCCGGUGGUGAGGGCGUUCAGCGAAGACGAGGCGCUGGCGCAGAGCGACAGCCAUCACUGGAAACGCAGCACCUUCGACCGGCUGGGCUUCCCUCAGGCUCUGCUGGAAAAAAGCCUCUCAGUCCAGACCAACCUGGCCUCCCCUGAGCCUUACCUCCACCCAUCACAGUCGGAGGACCUCGGAGCCUGUGCCCAGUUUGAGGCCAGUCGAAAUGCCAGGAAUAUGAUGCCGAGCGCCAGCUGUGGCAUUUUCCCAGAAUUCACCCUGAGAAAGCCCUCCUCGGAGACCGACAUCGAGAACUGGGCGUCCAAGCACUUCAACAAACACACACAGGGUCUGUUCAGGAGGAAAGUGUCCAUCGCCAACAUGCUGGCCUGGAGCAGCGAGCCCAUCAAGAAGCCAAUGAUCGUGACCUCGGACCGCGCCGUGAAAAAGGAGGCAGUGGACAUCUUUAAGCUAAUCCAGACCUACAUGGGAGACCGUCGCUCCAAGGCCGACCCCCUCUCUGUGGCUCUGGAGGUGGUGGUGCGUGGGUGGAGUAACCAGGGUCUCCGUGACGAGCUCUACAUCCAGCUGUGUCGUCAGACCACAGAGAACUUCCGCUAUGACAGCCUGGAGCGAGGCUGGGAGCUGAUGGCCAUCUGUCUGGCCUUCUUCCCCCCCACGCCCCGCUUCCACACCUACCUGGAGGGCUACAUCUACCGACACAUGGACCCCCUCAACGACACCAAGGGAGUGGCCAUUAGCAGCUACGCUAAAUACUGCCACAGGAAACUGACAAAAGCUGCACUGACUGGAGCCAAGAAGGGUCUGCAGAAGCCCUGUCUGGAGGAGAUCAAGCACGCCCAAAAUGCCAUCUUCAGUCCCUCCAUGUUUGGCUCCUCCCUGGAGGAGGUGAUGGCGCUGCAGAAGGAGCGGUAUCCAGACCGGCAGCUGCCCUGGGUGCAGACUCGCCUCUCUGAGGAGGUUCUGGGUCUCAAUGGAGACCAGACCGAAGGCAUCUUCAGGGUGCCUGGGGACAUAGACGAAGUCAAUGCCCUGAAGCUGCAAGUGGAUCAGUGGAAAAUCCCCACAGGACUGGAAGACCCACACAUCCCAGCGUCUCUGCUGAAGCUCUGGUACCGGGAGCUGGAGGAGCCACUGAUCCCUCAUGAGUUUUAUGAGGAGUGUAUCAGUCACUAUGACAACCCAGAGGCAGCUGUCAACGUGGUGCUGGGUCUGCCACACAUCAACAAACUGGUGCUCUGCUACCUCAUCCGCUUCCUACAGGUAUUUGCUCAGCCUGCCAAUGUGACCAUCACCAAAAUGGAUGUGAACAACCUGGCCAUGGUCAUGGCUCCCAACUGUCUGCGCUGCCAGUCCGACGACCCCAGGGUGAUCUUUGAGAACACCCGCAAGGAGAUGUCCUUCAUCCGGGUGCUCAUUCAGCGGCUGGACACCAGCUUCAUGGAUGGAAUCCUAUAGCCCCCCCACCACCACCCACCACCACCACACACACACACACACACACACAAACAGACACACACACACACACACACACACACACACACACACACACACACACACACAGACCAUCGAUACUCUACACUCCCUAUAACCCCCCCAUGACAGGCCUCUACACUCUCCCCCAGCACAGGACCAUCAUACAUACAUCGCUGCUGCUGGGUGAAACCUUGUAUCUCCAACAUGUUUACUUCUCUGGAACUAACACAGUUGAUUUGUUAGUUAGUUUGGGUUUGUCCACUUUGAGUUAAACCAGCUGUUUUUUUCUAUUUCUGUAAAUGUAGUCUUUUAACUAACACUUACAUAAGAAACACUAGUAUUGGAGUUACAAGGUUUUCAUAUGAUAACAGUACUGUGUGUGCCUUCACAUACAUGAAUAGACUCUCCACAUACAGUCUGAAGGAAUCAGCAGGGAUCUCAUCGUCUCAUUGGAUUCAUGUUUCACUGGCACACUCAGAGGUUCAGAUCAAAUCAACCUGUAUGUCCAAAUAAACUGGUUUCUCUUUGUUUUCCCCUGCUAACACACACACACACACACACACACACACACACACACAUCAGUACAUGCACACGUGUACAUACUAAGUCUUGCCCCAUGAUUUCACCUUCCGCAGAUGCCAUCACCAAACACAGAGCAAGAGUCCAGCUACAGGUGUUAAAGUCUCUCUUUCUCUCUCUCUCUCUCACACACACACACACACACACACACACACACUGGCUGAGCAACACAUCCAUAGGGUUCAAAACCAGACUUUCAUCAGAUACAUGGCCUAACUGCAACAGUCCAUCAGUAUUUUAUUAGAUCAGGUUGCCCCUGCUUAGAUGUAUGGCUCAGACACCAGGUUGAAAGGUGAAGCUCUCACAAUGUUUGACACUGCCACAACUCUGUACUCCCGCAUGUGUGAUCCUGAUAGCAGACGUGUGCUGUUUCCACAGGACAGAACAUUUCAUUCUGUUGGUCAGAUGUUUUCUGUCAGGCAGUGAUAAGGUGACAGCUCUGUUGAGCACUGAGUGAGGAGAACAUGGACACUGAAUCACCCAUAGUUUGACCUCAAGGUGAAUGUAGACACAUAAUUAUAGAAAAUAUAGACAUUCUACACAUUUUAAAGGAGCUAUUUGUAAGUUUUUUAUUGCUACAUAGCUAACGUUGGCAUUAACAGUUGUUUACUUACCAGUCUGGAAGAAAUGUGACUUCAGCAUCAAACUUCAUUCCUUACUCAACAGUUGUCUCCAGAGGUGGAAAGCAACCAUCUUGUUUUGCUUCUAUUUUUAUCACUUCUUUUCUUCUGCUGAAGUUGGCAAGCUAACCAGCUAGCUCCAUUAUUAUACCCUUGUUUUGUGACGGAUGAAGCUCUUGCUAAGACUGCUACGUAAAUAGCUGUUAAUGCUAACACUGGCAAUGUGUCUAUAUCAAAACUUACAAAUAGCUUCUUUAAGUAUGAAGUGAAUACAACACACUGAACUCAUUUUAACUUCAAUUUAAUUUACGAAAGUCUAAUAUUUCCUCUUGCCUGCUGAACAGUAGUCACUUCUUCCAGCUGCAGUUCAGCCACGAAGCUCAACUUAAAUGAAUAAUUUUCAGUUGGUUCAUCCAUCUGUUCAUUUUCCAUGUCACAAUGAUUUAAUUAAUUAUAUUAUUAGGAAUUAUUAUUAUAAAUUGCUGAGUAAUAACCUAGUGAAAACUUCCAACGGUAUCAUGGUGAAACAGCUAUUAAAUAACUUUUUGUGUGACUUGGUGAGUCCUGCAGAAACCCUGUUCUUAGAUGUGUGCAUACUGACGCCUGUAACAUACGACAUAAAGACUGCUAACAUUGCAGGUACUGUCCACAUCUAACAGAAUUAAUCUGGACUGAGCUACACACUGCUGUUUAUUUAUAGGAUUCAUGCUAACAGUUAGCAUACAGUACGCUGACUGUCAGCAGUGUUAUCAGGCACAUUGCUAAAACUUGUCUGAUCAUGUGAAGAAACAUUACGAGCUGCUGAGCGAGAGACACUCAUUAGUCUCCCAUGUAGCAAAAAAUGUCAUUGAAGCUUUCAGGUGCAUCUAAAUAAAGUCAUUACUAAUACAACACCAAUACAACCAGUACAGGUGAUUAAAAAUAAUUGGUCUUACACUUUAACAGACUUGACAGUAGCUCUAUGCUAACACUUGAACAGCAGCCACUGCCACCACAAGUGACAACUAUGAAUUAAUUGUGGAUGCUAGACCAGUGGUUCCCAACCUUUUCCAACUCAUGGCCCACUUGAAAAUCUUAAAAAUGUUGGCGGCCCACAUCUGACCCCAUAACAGUAAAGAGGAUAAGUAACUUUUUUAAACAAAAAGCAAUGUUCUCAGAUCACUUUUUAUUUUAAUGAUGACGAUGAAACAUCCAGGACUGAACUGAAGCAGUGGAAGGGGUUUUGAUGUCCAUGUUCUCAUCAGUCAUCACAGAUGUGGGCAGUCAUGUGACAUGUGAAGCCAACCAGAGCUAAUGAUUUUGAAGUGUUGACUUCCUCCUUCUUGGCUGAACUGAUCCAGUGAAGCCUUGGCUCCAUGACAGAUGACUGCGUGUCCCUGGUUGUAACAUGUAAACGGAUGAUGAGGUGAUCUUGCUGAAAUCUGGUGCCAGUGUUCGAGGCCGUCGCUCCAGCUGUCGACCACAGCCCUCCUGAGCAUGAGCCACAGAUACCAGAGGAGGGCCGAUAGCAGCACUGCCAGUUAGCAUGCUCGUACUUCCUUGGAGGGAUUUGAGAAGUGCCACCCCCCCCACCCCAGCCCCAUCCUCCUACCCCAACUGACACCACAGAGCAACAGUUCACCACCACCACUGAGCCCCAACAGGCCUUUCUGCUCACUAAUGAUUUGUGAAUGUGAUUCGUCUGCGUGCUCGUCUGUCUUCCUGUCCGUCAUUGUUUACAAACUGUAGUCGUCUUUUACAUUCAUAUGGUCUCCGUCUAUGAGCAAGUACUGUUGUUGAUUGAGUUCAUCUGAGAUUUUGCUGUAUUUAACAGAAUUUCUAUGUUUUUUAACCCAUUCUUUUUAUAUGAUUUAAUUUAUUUAUAUUUAUUUGAGAUUUGAAUGCCUUCUUGCGAUAUUGUACUGUAGGCUCCGGUGUUUUUGUUACGACACAUGAGCAUAUGUAUGUGUGUGAUUGAGUGUGUAGUUUUCAGUGUGGUAGGGCACAUACGUGUUGAUGUACAGUACGACUGUGUGAACCAUUCUGACUCAUUUGAGUUUUUUUUUUGUGACACGACUUAAAGGAUGAUUGUGAGACACGCACAUGGACCAUCCUGGAGAAACAAUGACUUCCAUCUCAAAGGUCCUGAUGACACUCAGCCUCACAGUUCAUCUCUGGCUGAUUGAACUGUCUUCAUGGAGAGGCUAUGAUGAGUGUCACUAUGUGUAAUGUGCAGCUCACUCACUCCUAACAUACACACUCCAGAUAGAAAACGUGUAUAUUGACACUGUACAGACUAUGUAAAAAUAAGUAUAUACAGAAACAUGCGAGGAAAAGCACCAUAUGUGACAGUGGAAAUUGCUGUGGAAAUUAAUGUAACAGGGUGGGGGGUUGUUUCAUUUUCUUUUCUUUCUUUUUUUUUAAGUCUUGUUAAAAUGUAAAUUUUCCUCACACUGAUAGAGAUCUACAAGUGACAAUUCAAACCCAUCUCUGAACAGUCCAUUCAGGCUUCACCCAUCAUAUAUCCAAGUACCAGAAAGUGUUUUAAGCCCUGAUAUCUGUAACUGACUGUAACUGUAGGUCUGACUCAUAUCCACAGAGAAGUGGUUUGUCUGGAGGAGCAGUUUCACUUUUUAAGGCUCUGAGAAAAAUGAGAUUCCUUCAUGUGUCAUUGAGAUGAUGGGCUGCAGAAGUGAGCAUCAUCUCUAAACCAUGAGCUCAUCCACCCCUAAUAUUCAAGCUAGCAGCUAGAUGCAAGAAAAACAUGUCCGACUGGUAAACAGAACAGAAUGUUUCACCAAUUACAUCUCACAUUUUGUGAAGAGCUUGCUAUUGCUACAUAGCUAACGUUAGCAUUAACAGCUGUUUAUUGACCAGUCUAGAAGCAACAUUGAGAGUUCAGCAUCACCCACAUUUUUAUGUGAAAACAAAUAACAGAGCUCACUUCUAAAAUGAAGAAUAUGCCCUUCAUGCCUGUUUGGUCACUUUACCUACUUUUGCACCCGCAACUAACUUAUAGCUGUCGGAAGAAGGCGUCAUUGUCGUGUUGCUGGUUUGUGAAAAUUAUAAAAAUUGUCAGUCUGAGUUUCACAUUGUUUAUUGAUCAGACAAACACUUUGUUUAAGGCAGACUGACAUCUUUACGCACAUUCACUUCAGUUUGUAUCUGCGCAUCCAGUAAUAAUAUGGCAGAUUUUGAACAUAUUUCGGUUACCUUAGCUUUGCUAAUUUUAUCUUGGCAGGGGGAAACUGCUUAUUUAGCUUUACCAAAACUGAUACACCUUCCACUAACUCCACCGCUGUCUUAUUUCACACCUGUAGAAACAGAGGUCUGAAAAUGGUUUGAGCAGCAGUUCAUAAAUGUUCAUUGCCCUUGUCGUGGGGUUGCCAGGUUUGAACACUGUCCCAAUUCUACACUAAGUGAUGGCCAGCUUAUUUACUACCGAGAUACAAUGUGUCAGCUACACUAGCUACCAAUUUGCUUGCCAUCCUCUGAUAUGUGGAACAUGGCAUCCUGCUGUUUUCAUAUUACAAUGAUCAGAAUAUUUUUAUUGUUAUGCAGAUGAGCUCAUCUGUUCAGUCAGCCAAUCAUGUCUCAGAGACAUUUCCCCAAUUAAACUGUCAAACUCACUCACAUACUGACAAACAGACUUCUUUGUGAGGUAUGAGUGUAGGCAAACGUUUUCAUUUUACUUCCUGUGUAACCACUUAGUAAAGGAGACGCCUCGGAGAGAGGCAGCCCAGACUGACAUGUUGCAGCGUGUAUGAGUGUGUGUUUGUGAGAGUGUCUUUGUUUUAUGUAAGUGAUGGUUGUAGAUAGACCCAGCAAAUCAACCAAUUAGCAUGCAAACAUUGGGUCUCCAUUCUCUCCAACUUGAAUUUACUAAAACGUGAGAAUAUACAAGGAAAACAAACUGAAUUUACAGAAAAGAAGUGUUACAGUAUUUAGCAUUAAACAUCCACUAAGAAAAUGAUUGAGCUCUUUUUAAUCCGUUUUUUCUACUUGAUUCCUACUAAUGAUGAAUUGGUCGUCGGUGUAGAUGCUGUUCGUCUAAUGUAAAGAAAAUGAUAACGAAGAGAAGGUGUGAGACAGCUGCUGUGAAACUGCUCUUCACCUCAACAUCAACCCUCCAGCUUUUUCAGUUGUAUCUUAACGUCCACUGUCACUGCUGUCCGAAAGACGACUGGAAGUGUAACGGACGUUGGUUUAAUAAAUGAUUCAAAUGUCAAACUAACA